UCCGCGACGAAUCACACACACGGAAAAAAUUUUUUAGCCACCAUAUUCCACAAAAAGCAAAUCAAGAGUCAAGAAAGAGAAAGAACAAUGUCGGCCCCCGAAACCCCCACCAAAGUCUUAGUAACGGGCUUCGGCCCCUUCCUAAAUAUCCAAACAAACCCCUCCGCCCAAAUAACCUCCUCUCUCCCCCCGACCCUGCACACCCCGACACCAAUCCAAAUCAUAACACCCCCGUCCCCAAUCCCCGCCGCAUACCACAAAAUCUACACCCAAAUCCCAGCAUUACUAGACCAGCACGAUCCUGAUAUCGUGAUUCAUAUGGGGCUGGCGGUGGAGCGGGAUUACUUCGCGGUCGAGAGAAGUGCGGGGAGGGACGGGUAUCACGAGUUUCCGGAUAUCGAAAGGAAAGUUGUCACGCGAUCUGAGAACCGGACGUGGUUUGGGAAGAAUGGUGAGGAUGUAUUAGUGUCAGGGGUCGAGUUGGAAGGGGUUGUGGAGGGGUGGAGGGGGUAUUGUCAGGAAAUUGGCGUUACGGGGAGGGGGAAGGGGAAAGGAAAAGGAGGUGGGAAAGGAGUUGGGGUUGAUGUUAGGUUGAGCGAUGAUGUGGGGACGUAUGUUUGUGGGUUCAUGUAUUAUGUUGGGUUAAGGGAGAUGCAGAGGAGGAAGGGGAGGAGGGAUGUUGUGUUUUUGCAUGUUCCACCCUUGGAAGGGGAUGCGGAGACUGCGGUUGGAGUUAGAGUUGUGGAGGGUUUGAUUCGGGCGAUUGUUGAUGCAAGGGAGGAAUGA